AUGAAAGCAAAGUUGACAUCAGUGAGAUCUGCAUGCGUAACAUCAAACACGAGCAUGUUGAUAACGAUGCUCGAAUGUGAGAAUUAUGUGGGUCGAUCCUUUGAUUUGACGGUACUUUUUUGUAAUGCCAUAAGUGUGGCAACAGGUGCGUUGGGUAAGUAUCAUAAAGAAACGAAGAAGUUUAAUAAUUUUGAGCUGUUGUGA